AUGCUCACUCUGUAUUUCUUCUUCUGGAUCCUGAACAUCCCCCUCCUCAUGUCCAACCUCACUCACCCCAAGUGCUUUUGGAGAAUGAAGCAGAAUGAAGACAAGCAUGGAGAGGUGGUGCCAGGUUGUGUCUUUUACCUUAUUGCAGGGCAGAGCAGUGUAGUGCAGGCGGACUUGAAAGAGUAUCUCAGAUUUACCCUGGAUGUGCUAAUACCAUCUAAAAACUACAAGUUUGCUCUGCCUUUGGCUUUUGCUGUGGAAGAAAUCAACAGGAGUCUAUAUCUUCUACCAAAUGUGUCUCUCAUGUUUUACUUCUUCACAGACCAUUAUCAUGAUAAACACGCAUUUCAAAAAUUCAUAUAUGUUACUACCCAAAGGUAUAGACCUCUUGUUAACUACAUCUGUAAACGUAAGAUCAAAUGUCGUAUAAUGAUUACAGGACCAAUGUUAGCACCAUCCAUGAGCCUGGCACAAUUUUUUGAGCUCUACAAAUAUCCACAGCUCACUUAUGGACAUUUCAAUCCUAUCCUGAGUGAUCGUGAACAGUUUCCCAGUCUGUAUCAGAUGGCCCCCAAGGACACAGCUCUGGCCCUGGCCAUGGUCUCUUUCAUGACUCACUUCAACUGGAACUGGGUUGGGCUGGCCAUCUCAGAUGAUGACCAGGGUCUCCAAUUUCUCUCAGAUCUGAGAGGAGAAAGUGAAGUCCAAAGAAUCUGCUUAUCCUUUGUGAUCAUGAUCCCAGUCAACAAGGAGUUAUACAUGUCAAGAGCUGAAGUGUAUAACAACCAGAUUGAGACAUCAUCCACAAAUGUUGUUAUCAUUUAUGGUGACACAGACAGUACUCUAGCUGUGUGCUUUAGAAUGUGGGUAUCACGUGGUAUACAGAGAAUAUGGGUCACCACCUCACAGUGGGAUGUCAUUACAAGUAAGAGAGACUUCACUCUUGACUCAUUCCAUGGGACUCUUGCUUUUGCACACCACCAUGCUGAGAUUUCUGGUUUUAAAAAUUUUGUUCAGACAAUGAACUCUUCCAAAUACACAGACCUAUUCCUGGCCCGACUGGGGUGGAUGUUCUUUAGCUGUGAAGCCUCAACAUCUAACUGUAAGACACUGGAGAACUGCUCAUUCAAUGCCUCACUAGAAUGGUUAAUGGAACAGAGUUUUGACAUGGCCUUCAGUGAUGAUGCUUAUGAUAUAUACAAUGCCGUGUAUGCUGUGGCCCACGCUCUCCAUGAAAUGCUUCUUCGACAAGUAGAAAACCAGCCAGUCUCAACUCUGAGAGAACUGGAUUCUGACUGCUCACAGCUUCACCUAUAUCUGAAGAAUAUGCACUUUGUUAAUCCUGCUGGAGAUGUAAUACAUAUGAAUCAGAAAGAAAAACCACAAGCAGAGUAUGGCAUUUACCACAUUUCUAAUUUCCCCCAUGGUGUUGGACUUAAGGUGAAAAUAGGAGAAUUUAUGCCAUAUUUUCCACAUGAUCAACAGCUCCAUUUAUAUGAAGAUAUGAUAAAGUGGGCCACAGGAAGUAGAGAGAUGCCCUCUGCUGUGUGCAGUGUUGAUUGUCACCCUGGAUUCAAAAAAAUCCAUCAAGAAGGAAUGGCAGCCUGCUGUUUUGAUUGCACCCCCUGCUCAGCAAAUGAGAUUUCCAAUGAGACAGAUAUGGAUCAGUGUUUGAAGUGUCCAGAGGACCAGUAUGCCAAUGCAGAGCAGAACCACUGCCUGUACAAAGAUGUGACCUUUCUGGCCUUUGAUGACCCCUUGGGGAUGACUCUGUCCUGUAUGGCCUUGUGUUUGUCUGCAUUCACUGUUCUGGUUCUUGGGAUCUUUGUGAAGCACCAAGACACUCCCAUUGUGAAGGCCAAUAACCUCACUCUCAGCUACAUCCUGCUCAUCUCCCUCAUCUUCUGUUUCCUCUGUUCCUUGCUCUUCAUUGGCCAUCCCAACUCAGCUACCUGUAUCCUGCAGCAAAUAACAUAUGGUAUUUUAUUCACUGUGGCUGUUUCCACUGUGUUGGCCAAGACAAUUACUGUGGUUUUGGCUUUUAAAGUCACUACUCCUGGAAGAAGGAUGAAGUGGCUCCUGUUAUCAGGGGUACCUAACUACAUUAUUCCCAUCUGCACCAUCAUCCAAAUUAUUCUCUGUGCAAUCUGGCUGGGAACAUCUCCUCCCUCUGUUGACACUGAUGCAUACUCUGAGCAUGGCCACAUCAUCAUUGUGUGCAACAAGGGCUCAGUAACUGCUUUCUACUCUGUCUUAGGAUACCUGGGUUCCUUGGCCCUGGGGAGCUUCACUGUGGCUUUCUUGGCCAGGAAUCUCCCUGACACAUUCAAUGAAGCCAAAUUCUUGACAUUCAGCAUGCUGUUGUUCUGCAGUGUCUGGGUCACUUUUCUCCCUGUCUACCAAAGCACCAAGGGCAAGGUCAUGGUGGCUGUGGAGGUCUUUUCCAUCUUAGCCUCCAGUGCUGGAUUGUUGGGAUGUGUCUUUGUCCCCAAGUGCUAUAUCAUUUUGUUAAGACCAGAGAGAAAUUCUCUUCAAAAGUUAAGGGAGAAAUCAUCUUCCAGAACUCACAUUUCAUAA